AUGAUGGAUUCGAAGUCUUCUGAAGCUGGCAUGGUUUCUUUCACAACACGUGUGCUGACCUUGUGGACAGUGCACGAGGAUCUUCAGAUUGAAGGCAUGCUGUUGGUAGCUUUGAAGAGGAUCAACGGAAGGCUUGAACGAGCUCAAAGGCGGGGAAAUAAUGGACAGUCCAUGAAGUACAUGCAAAGCAGAACUUGGCUGCUCAGCUGCGUUUCCCACUGCGCAGACUGUUCUCCAGCCGAGAGAACCCGCAUGGCAGAGGUGAUCGUUGAUGUGAGCAACUUGAGUGAUGACGACGAGUCGCCACAACAUGGACUUGGAGAAGAUGAGACAAACCACGCCUUGUUGGAGGCUGACAAGGCCUUCAAAAACAUCAUGAGCCUACUGGAGUAUGAUCGCUUCGAGGAGGUGACAAAGCUGGUGAACCAACUGGGUGGAGCGAUGCGGGAGAUCAAACCGUAA